CUGUCCUCUUCAAGCGUACUUCUUCGUAUAUGUUUGUGUCCCGCUAUGUCGCUCAUCGACACUGUUGGGGCUACCACUCUCUUGCGAGAAUGCAAUAAACGAAAGGCUCGAGAUUUUAUCGAGUCGCUCGGUCUCAUAAACACCAAUCCAGGACGAGCAUCUGCUAGGUUUGAUGAUCCUAAAGUAGUUCAGCUCAAUAAAAGAGUCAUCGCAGCAGUCGAUGCCGUGUUUGACAAAAUUGGGAAAACUCGCGCUGAUCGCCAGGCUCAUUUGACUAAUGAGGAGGUCCUCGAUGACUGGAUAAAAGAACUUUGUGCUGUCUUUGGGCCGGAACUCUGGGGACGAUCAAACCGUAACCACCUACUCACUGCUGGAUUAUGUGAGUUAUAUCCUAAAGAUCUAUAUUUCGAUGUAGAGGAGGACCGAAAAGCAAUUGAACUUUAUCUUCGCUGCUGGAUUGUUAAAAGAGGUUCUAGAAGGGUGGGAUCUGAAAGGGGUAAAAUUAGAGAAGUCCAGAAUAACCAAACCGCCGGCUCAUUCGAGAAGGCAAAGAAGCCUCUGGCCGGAAAGAUUGUCGACGUUUCGGAUUCUGACUCCUCUUCCUCAUCCUCUUUCGAAACUUCCGGAUCUGGAUCAAGAUCCACCACAGCUCGCGGUAAAAUGGCCGAAUCUUUUUAUCGUGCUCCGCCGGCGAGAAUGUACCCUACGCCGCAGCCCCAACCUAUCCGAACACAACCUACUGAAGAACUAUCCGUCAGAGCUACUGCGAACUCUUCUUGCGCACGAGAUGCAGCUGAUGAUCUCAUGAACGAUGAUCUAUACGCUCCGCCAUCACAGGAAACAUCAAGCGAAGAUGAAGAGACAUUCUCAUCGCGUGCUAGAUUGAACAAGAGAAAGCGUAGGGACAGCGUCCAUAGAACGCCACGUGGAAAGCUUCCGAAGGUCCAUAUAGCACGGAAAGCAGGAGUAGGCAUCGAUGUCUCAGAUAUAAGUGACCUAUAUUCCGUUCCACGCUCACCUUCAGCUGUUUUCACCGCUGAUCCGUUCCCCACAACCUUCGAUAGACGGAGGAUAAGAGCAUUCAAUGAAGUAGAGACGUUCCCAUCGAGAGAAAGUACUAUCCAGGAACAAGAUGCAGAUAAUCAAAUCAACGAUACCAUUAACCAGAUUUGGAAAGACGUGGAAGCCGCUGAGACUAGUAACCCGUCGCCUCCCUUCAUUUGUCAUGGUCUUCCUGCUAGUCUACUGCCGAGCUGUUCGGUCACUGACUCCGUCAUUCCGAGCGACACGCAAUAUGAUGUGAUUCCUGUUCGCAUUGACCUUACCGGAACCGAUACGAGCAUCGACACUGCAAUAAAUGAGCCUCGCUCCGCGACCCUUGCACCAAAUAAGACAAUACUUCCGGCGUUUACGGUGACAGAGGAGAAUAAACUCAGGAGGGAGCUUUUCAAGCUUCUUCUGUCACGGUUCAGUGACCUAAAUCAGUUCAAAUCCGAACUUGACCACAAAGAGCCGGAAGACCGAUUGAAUAUGUUACUAAACCAAUUCUGGUUCAACGAUCUUGAAUGUCUCCGCAUGACAGAAGACGACCGAUUCGUCGAUCUUCAAAUGGCUUUCCAAAGCUGGAUGGACAUGCGCACUAAACUGCACGACUUUCAAAUCUCCUCGGAGUAUCUCGGCAAGCCGGGGGACGAGUGGCAGGCAUAUCUUCGUAGCUUAACUUCGACUGAACAGCGUUCUCGUGCUUGUAUAGCUCUGAUGGACCUCCGGGAUUCCUUGGGAGAUGGAAACACGAUUGUGAAGGAUACGUUCAACAAGAACAUGAUGACAAUCUUUGAUUUGUUGACCAAGAUACCGGACUGCAACGGAGUGGAGGCAUUCUGUGGACUUGCUGAUUACAAUAGAAAGUUGCUUGCGUGGUUUCCAUAGGGCAGGAGGAGAAGCUGCAUAUUACAUUUCAAGUAGGUACACUGUCUCUAUCAGACAUCACGAUCUUCAAUGAAUUCAAUUUGUAUUAUAAGUCUUUAGCGACUAAAGCUAUAGAUGUCUAGAGCUAAAGAUUAAUUGUACAAGCUCU